UCCUGAAUGCACUGACCAUCUCCAAGGAAAAAUGAACUCCAUGGUGGGCCUGGGCCUGCUUCUGGCUGGCCUCCUCGCUGUGGAAGGUCUCCUGAAGCCCAACUUCUCUCCAAAGAAUCAUGGAGCUAUGAGCCGGGCCCAGCAGUGGAAGGCCGUGGCCCAAGAGCUGGCAAGGCGGAACAUGGACUUUGGCUUCAAGCUGUACAAGAAGAUGGCCUCCACUGGCCACAGCAAGAACAUCUUCUUUUCCCCUGUGAGCAUCUCUACAGCCUUCUCCAUGCUGUGUCUGGGUGCCCAGGAAUCCACGCUGGCUGAGAUUAAAAAUGGCCUCAACUUCGGGAAUAUACCGGAGAAGGACCUCCAUGAGGGCUUCCAUGACCUCAUCUGCAGACUGAACCAGUGGAACCAGGACCUCAAGCUGAGCUUUGGGAACACCUUGUUCAUCGAUCAGAGGCUGCGGCCAAUGAAGAAGUUUCUGAUGGAUAGCAAGAACCUGUACAACGCAGACAUCAUCCCUACCAACUUCCAGAACUUGAAAAACACUGAGAAGCAGAUCAAUGACUAUAUCAGUCAGAAAACCCAGGGGAAAAUUGAUAACCUGAUCAAGAAUAUAGAUCCUGGCACUGUGAUGGUCCUUGGAAAUUACAUUUUCUUUCAAGCCACAUGGCAACAUGAGUUUGAUCCAAAAUUAACAAAGCAGGAAGAUUUCACUCUGGAUGGCAACAAGACAGUGAAGGUGCCCAUGAUGUUUCGUGCGGGCAUGUAUAAAGUUGGCCGUGAUGACCAGCUCGGCUGCACUGUCCUGGAAAUGCCCUACAAGAACAGCUUCACAGCGACAUUCAUUCUUCCUGAGGAGGGCAAGAAGGAGCAAGUGGAGAAGGCCUUGAGGCUGGACACUUUUUACAGAUGGAAAAAACUAGUCAAGCAAAGGGUUGUAGACGUGUACUUGCCCAGGUUCUCCAUCACUGGUACCUACAACUUGAAGAAGACCCUCUCCCACCUGGGUAUCACCAAAAUCUUUGAGGAGCACGAUGAUCUCACCAAAAUCAUCCCUAAUCGAAGCCUGAAAGUGGGUGAGGCGGUGCACAAGGCUAAGCUGAAGAUGGAUGAAAAGGGCACGGAGGCAGCCGCGGCCUCAGGAAUGCAGACGCUGCCCAUGGAGAUGCCGUUAAACUUCAAGCUGAACCGCUCCUUCCUGCUGAUGAUUACAGAGGACGCCACGCGCACCGUGAUCUUCAUGGGAAAGAUUGCUAACCCUAGUGGAACAUAAGGAGCAAGUCCGGUUUGCUGCCGACCCCAGCCAUGGCCUGGGGCUGAAAACGCUUCAUCUCCCUGGGACUGAGACCACAGGGACAUUCUGAUCUAAUCCCACAUCAUCAUAUGCUCCCAAGACCAUCCAAAGAGGCAGCGCUGCUGGCUCUCGGGGCCUCGUGCUUUGUCCCCUCCCUGCUCAUUCAAAGGCUGGGAUGAGACACCCCACCCACAUCCACUUGGCAGGCAGUGACUCCUCUCCCACUG